AGCAACAUUAGCAACAACAUUACUAGGUAGUGAUGGGCUGCUCAGUACUCAGGUGUCGAUACUGUUCCGACACAUUCAACACUCACUGCAUCGGAACAACGUUUCGAGACGGGUUUUAAACACACUCCCGGUCACGUGUCAAAGUAUUGAACAAAACCUGUCUCGUACUUGCCAAAAGACUUGCCAAACGUGUCGGGGUAUAAAAUGAGGCGGCAGAGCCACAAAGGUUUUAAAUGCGUGAGGCGAUGGCGUGAAAGAGUGCCAGGACAUGGAGCUCUGUAAAAGAAUAUCUGUGUACUUGUAGAAAAGAUUUGUAACUUGUAGAAAAGGUUUUGUGUCUCUGUAGAAGGAGGCGGGAUCACCGCUCCCAAAACCAUCUCGGUUUUGUGAGAUUUGUGAGUUUCCUCAAGGAUCACAAUGACUUGCUUAGAGACUUGCUCUUGUGGUUAUAGUGAUAACUGAGUUACAUUUUUGUACUCGCUGUGAUAUAUUGUUUUUAAUGUUGCUUGUUUUUCCACAUGUACACUUGCACUUAUAGCGGUUCAUGUUGUUUAAUUGUAACUUGUUUAACUACAUGCUCAUAUGGUUCUUCACUUUGGCACUUAAUGUUUUGGCUACUCGCAAUUUUUUGGGGCUAUCUUGUUGUUAGUGACCUAUGCACUUUGUAAAGCUCUCUCUUGGAAGUCGCUUUGGAUAAAAACGUCUGCUAAAUGAAUAAAUGUAAAUGUAAUGAGACAGUUUGAGACAAUUAGAGAACGUUAUAUAACCUAUAUAUUAAUAUGUAACCACUGUAUACUGAGUUUAUCGUCUCAAACUGUUCAAAAAUUACAUAUGGGCUUAAUUGAAUAUUUAAAAUGAAAACCAUCUCUCCAAUAUACGAUUCCACGCUAUCUGCAUUACAGGAGGACGGCAAUAAUUCCGUUCAACCACAAGGAUCCUUAAUAUCAACAUGUAGAAUUGCCUAUAUGCCACGUGAGCUGACGUACUUCCGCCUAAAACUCUCAGUCACCACGUUUACUUCCACUGCAAUGGCAUCCAUCGUCGAUAUUGAUUGUCCAAAGCUAGUCAAGAGAAAAGAAUCGACGAAAAAGUUCAAAUAUCAGCGAACAUCUGGUACCACUGCCGAACACUGUUGUGUGCCUUUAUGCCAGAACUCAAGUAAGUACAACGGUGUGCUUAGUUUUUUUACCUUUCCUGUGGAUGAGGAGCUCAGACGCAAAUGGGUAGUCGUUAUCCGCAGGGAUCACUUCGUUAUUACACCUCACACCCGGGUGUGUAGUCGGCAUUUUAAAGAGGAGGAUAUACGAGAGCCUACAUCAGAGAACGGGCGGCGAUUACUUAAAAAGGGAGCUGUUCCAGCAUUAUUUGAGUGGAACAACUUCUCCCUUCCCCCUCCAAGACCGGGUGUCUGGGAGAGAAGACCGAGACCGCCACUUAAGGAGAGCCUUCCAGAAAGCGCAGACGCAUCAGGCCAAGAUGACCAUGACUACGCCGUGGGUCCCGAUCCCGCAUUUGUGGACCUGGUGCUUGAGGAAAAUGCAGCUCUUCAAGAGGAAACCCGCCAGCUGAGACAGCAGGUCGAGAGACUUACCGUUACGUUGACGCAGAGGUUAGGCAUCCACCGUUUCGCUUCCUCGGACAAAGACAUCCUUUUUUUCACCAGAGUCAGAUGUGAUCUACAAGGUGUUUCCAUGGAUAUUACCGGAGAGAUGGCCACAGAAUCAUUAAAGGAGGAUACCACUAUAGAGGAAAGCACUAUGGUCACUGAAAUGGGAGAACCGUCCAUGGAUUGUGAUAAUCCAGAUUUUGUCCCAUCCGUUUUUUCUCAUAGUCGCACCCAAGACACCGCUGGAAAGGAGGCAAGAUAUGAAAGAAAGAGAAAGUGGGAUGACGCUCUGGCCCCUGUUUGCAGCCCCUCAGGCUCAACUGAGGGAUCUCUUCUAGAAUACUCUGAAGAAAAGGAACAGGAAGAAGAGUUGGAACAAACUAAAGUGAAGCAUGCAGUGGUUACCCAUCCCCAAGACCAUGACUAUGCAGGUCGCCCACCUCCUGAUACUAUGGAGACGGUACUGGAAAAGAUUAAGGAGUUGGAGGAACGCCUCAAGAAAAACACAAGGGUCCAGACACAGUUGAGCAGGUUUUGUGUUUCAGAUGAAGAUUUCAAGUACUACACUAGAUUUUCCUCUGAACACAUUUUUAAGUUUUUUUGGAAAUCAAUUGAGCCCUCAGCAUCAAAAGUUCUAUAUUGGAAUAAAGCACAGAAAAUGGGAAUGGAGAAUGUGUUCCAGGAAACACCAAGCCCUCACUGCAAGCUACCACUUAUCGAUGAGUUUUUCUUGUAUUGUUUGCGCACUGCUGCUGGACUGAACGAGAAGGUGUUGGCUGGUAUGUUUGGUUUGAAUGUUUCCACUGUGAGCAGGAUACUCAUUACUUGGGCCAACUAUUUGUAUCUUGUACUUGGAUCCAUUCCAAUCUGGAUGACUCGGGAUCAGGUGAGGAGAGCAAUGUCUCGGAAGUUUCAAAGAAAAUGUCCCAAAGUCAGAGUCAUAUUGGAUUGCUUUGCUCUGCAAUGUGAAUCACCAACAUCCAACAUUUCACGCUAUGAGACCGAUUCCACAGACAAGUCUCAUUCCACAUUCAAGGGGCUGAUUGGUGUUUCACCAAGUGGUGAGGUGACUUUUGUUUCCACACUCUACAAAGGAUCCAUCUCUAACAAGGAGAUGACAAGGUUGUCUGGAAUAGUCAAUCUACUGGAGCAGGGGGAUGAAGUAAUGGCUGGCAAGGACUUCCUGAUUGAGCAUUUAAUGUCAACGGUUGGAGCCAAGCAAGUUCCCCCUCAGUUCCCAUUAAAAGACAAAGAGAAAACCCUUGAAAUGAUCCACCCUCUUUUCAAAAGAAUUAUUUGUAAAGUCAAAGAGUUCCAUAUAUUUGACUGUUCCAUUCCACUUUACUUAGCUGGCAGCAUCAAUCAGAUCUGGGUAAACAGCUGUCUGCUCCUAAAUUAUCUAGGACCCAUGGAGUUGGAUGAUAAACUAGCAAAAUGCACAUGAACCCUCUAUUCUGUUAGGGGUAUAUGAAAGGUGUAUAUUCCCCAUCUUUGCUGCAAGUGUUAUUUUCAAUGCAGUUUGUUUUCCCUGAUAAUGCUAUUUUGUAUUGCUGUUCUUUGAUAUCUUUGCUAUUUUUCUUUGUAGCUUCUAGUGCUCAUUUCAAUGCCUGCUAUGUAGUUGUUGCUUGACAUGUCUUAAGAAUGUCAUUGCUCUGGCUGAUAUUGUUACACUGUGGACAUGAUUUUAAAAAAAAGAGAAGAAUUUGACUUAUGAGGUAACGAUAGCAAAACAACUCUCAAGCUCAAAGGACACCAUUUGAAAAGUCAUGUCAAAAACUAUUUGUAAGUAUGUAAUAAAAUGUGCAAGGUUAUGUUUUGAUGUGAGAGUACAUAUUAUUUAUAGAUGUAUUCCAGAAUCACUAAUGAGUUCCAAAGGUUUUUCUUGUGCAGUUACGGAUAGGGUUUGUAGACAAAGUGGAUACAUUAAUCUAUGAAGAAAUUGAAAAGGUAGAAGUAAAUAAUAAAAUAAAUGGAUAAUAUGAACCA